AUGAGCGGCAACUCGUCCCCCCCUGCAUCUGCGCAGCUCUGCUAUGAGAACGUGACCGGGUCCUGUGUGAAGACUCCCUACUCGCCAGGACCCCGCCUGAUUCUCUACACCGUGUUUGCCUCUGGGGCUGUGCUGGCGGUGUUUGGAAACCUCCUGGUGAUGACUUCAAUCCUUCACUUCAAGCAGCUGCACUCUCCAACCAACCUCCUCAUCGCCUCCCUGGCCUGUGCUGACUUUCUGGUGGGGGUGACCGUGAUGCCCUUCAGCAUGGUCAGGUCGGUGGAGAGCUGCUGGUACUUUGGGCGAAGCUUCUGUACUUUCCACACGUGCUGCGAUGUGGCAUUCUGUUACUCGUCUCUCUUCCAUUUGUGCUUCAUCUCCAUCGACAGGUACAUUGCUGUUACUGACCCUCUGGUCUAUCCUACCAAGUUCACGGUGUCUGUGUCAGGGAUAUGCAUUGGCGUUUCCUGGAUCCUGCCCCUCGCCUACAGCGGGGCCGUGUUCUAUACAGGUGCCUAUGACGACGGGCUGGAGGAAUUAUCUAGUGCCCUCAACUGUGUAGGGGGUUGUCAAGUUGUUGUAAAUCAAUUUUGGCUUUGGGUAGAUUUUCUGUUAUUUUUCACCCCUACUUGUGUUAUAAUAAUUCUGUACAGUAAUAUUUUUCUUGUGGCUAGAAAACAGGCUAAAAGGAUUGAAAACAUUAAUAGUAAAGUGGAAGAGGUAUCAGGGACACACAAAAUUAGGGUGGCGAAGAGAGAGAGAAAAGCAGCUAAAACACUGGGUGUCACAGUGGUAGCAUUUUUGAUCUCAUGGUUACCAUAUAUGAUUGACUCAUUUAUUGAUUCUUUUUUGGGUUUUAUAACACCUUCAUAUGUUUAUGAGAUAUUUUCCUGGUUCGGUUAUUGUAACUCUGCUCUAAAUCCUUUCAUUUAUGCUUUAUUUUACCCUUGGUUUAGGAGAGCAAUGAAACUUAUUAUUACUGGCCAAGUAAUAAAAGACAGUUCAUCAAACGUAAAUUUGUUUUCUAAUUAA